CGCCUCGUUAAGGUCAGAUCGUAUUGGCCGACCAGGUUAUGGUUAUAAAAACACGAAUGAAGAGAACACUAGCAACUAAGUAAGCUCGCAUGAGUGAGCUCACCAUGGACCAAGAAAUCCAACUGAACCAGAGGCCAUCGCCGCAGCGACAGCAACAAGCACAAGAACAUGGCGGCGCCACCGCACCGGCGCCGGCGCCGGCGACGCCACAAGAUGAUGAACAGCAAGGGCACCAAGCAGCUGUCGCCAGGCAUGGCUGCGGCGGCGCGACAGCCGAACGCCACCACCAGACCAAGCUCACGCUACUCCCGCUCGUCUUCUUCAUCUACUUCGAGGUGGCCGGCGGCCCGUACGGCGCCGAGCAGGCCGUGAGCGCGGCGGGCCCGCUGUUCGCGCUGCUCGGCUUCCUCGCCUUCCCCUUCGCGUGGGGCGUCCCGGUGUCGCUCGUCACCGCAGAGCUCGCCGCCGCGCUCCCGGGGAACGGCGGCUUCGUCGUCUGGGCCGACCGCGCCUUCGGCCCGCUCGCCGGCUCCCUGCUCGGCACGUGGAAGUACCUCAGCUGCGUCAUCAACCUCGCCGCGUUCCCGGCCCUCGUCGCCGACUACCUCGGCCGCGUCGCCCCGGCGGUCGCCGUCCCGGGAAGCAGGGCGCGCACGGGCACGGUGCUCGGCAUGACCGUCUUCCUCUCCUUCCUCAACUUGGGCGGCCUAAGCAUUGUCGGGUGGGGCGCGGUGGCCCUGGGGUUCGUGUCGCUGGCGCCGUUCGUGCUGAUGACGGCGAUGGCGGCGCCGAGGACGCGGCCGCGGCGGUGGGCGGCGCGGGUGCAGGUGAAGGGGAAGAGAGACUGGAGGCUCUUCUUCAACACGCUCUUCUGGAACCUCAACUACUGGGACAGCGCGAGCACCAUGGCCGGCGAGGUGGAGCGGCCGGAGCGGACGUUCCCGCGGGCGCUCGCGGUGGCGGUGGUGCUCAUCGCCGUCAGCUACCUGCUGCCGCUCAUGGCGGCGGUCGGCGCCACGGACGCGCCGCCGGAGGCGUGGGAGAACGGCUACUUGGCUGACGCAGCAGCGACGAAGCUUGUGAGGAAUCUCAAGGGACCAGCUACAAGUAUUCCACUCUACCAAAACUACAAUUCACUGCAUCAUCGGCGGGCGGUGGCUCAAGUACUGGACGGAGGCCGGCGCGGUGCUCUCCUCCGUCGGGUUGUUCGAAGCGCAGCUGAGCAGCGGCGCGUUCCAGCUCCUCGGCAUGGCGGAGCUGGGCCUCCUCCCCUCCGUCUUCGCCCGCCGCGGCCCCGGACGAUCCGCCACCCCGUGGGUCGCCGUCGCCGCCUCCGCCGCCGUCUCGGUCGCCGUCUCCUUCCUCGGCUUCGACGACGUCGUCGCCACCGCCAACCUGCUCUACAGCCUCGGCGCGCUGCUCGAGUUCGCCGCCUUCCUCCGGCUCCGCGCGAGGGAGGAGAGCCCCUCCUCGCUCAAGCGCCCCUACCGCGUCCCGCUGCCGCUCCCCGCGCUCGCCGCCAUGUGCCUCGUGCCGUCGGCGUUCCUGGCGUACGUGGUCGCCGUCGCCGGGUGGAGGGUCUCCGCCGUCGCCGCCGCGCUCACGGCCCUCGGCGUCGGCUGGCACGGCGCCAUGAGGGUGUGCAGGUCCAGGAAGUGGCUCAGGUUCAACACCGCGGUUGCCGCCGACCAUCGUCUGCAACUACAAGAUGCUCCUCCUCCUCCUGCUGGUAGAGUCUGAACUCUGAACCCGUUUUGGCAGAUUUCGUCUUGCGAAAAGAUGAAACACGGUAAGAAACUCGAAAUAUUUGCUAGUAGAAGACUAAUUACAAGCUAUACUAGUACAAGACUAAUUACAUGGUUGGAUGAAGCUCUAAAGUUGGCGUUUUCAUAUUUGUUCCUCUAAUUAAUCACCGUGUACGAUUGUGGUUCAUUAUCAGAGACGCGGUUUAAAUUGAACGGUCUGUCUCUCUCAAAUCUGAAAUGGUCACAUUUGUAGUGAAGUGGACAUCCAUGAAAUGGCGACAAGGAGGCGGACAUGAUCAUAUUCAUAUCCACGUACUAACCCAGCUCCUCUUUUGUGGCACACGCGGCUCCACACUACAAACCUCCGUUCCGCGCCACAAACUGCAACCACCACACAUGCUCCAUCGCCCGUAGUCAUCCUACAAACCAAUAGACACCGCGCGCGCGGAACGCCAUCGCUGCCACAUCUCAUGGACGACGUGUGGCCGUGGCUGGCCGGCCUGGCCGGCGAGGAGCCGCCGCCGCCGCAGGCCGUUGUCGCCCUUGCCGCCUUCGCUGACGGCACCACGUCCAUUGUCCUGCAGGCCGACCACGUCGCAUUGGCUGAAGGUGAUGAGGAAGAGAAGACUCUAGUAGAUUUCUCUCUCGCCUUGAACAGCACCAAUGGCGGCGCAGCGCGCGUGCUGUGGACGUCGGGUCGAUUUGAGGCCGCCUCCGGUGUCGCGUUGCAGCGGCAGCUGCUGGCGAGGCUGCUCGACGAGGUGAUCACGCUCUCGCCGUCCGUCUCUUGCUUGAGCGGAAACCUCGGACUCGGAGUCGGCGGCGCACCGAAGUCGAAGUUGGACGAGGAGAUCGUCGCCGGCAUCGGGAAUGAUUCUGCCGCCUCAUUCUUCUCGCUGACUCUCCUUCUGCGCCUCUUCUGGCUGUGCGCCACCGAGGCACCCGCCGACACCGGGUUUCUCUUCUUCCAAGCUCUCGGCGCCGACAUCCAGCGCGCUCUCGUGGACUGCCGCCCAGCGCUCGCCCUGUUCCUGGCCUCCCUCGGCCCGGACGUCGAGGAGCGGUUCAUGCGGUCGCUCGGCUACAUGCUCGCCAAGCUGUGCUUGCUACGGGAGAUGCAAGCGGAUGCGGAUCAGCCGGCGCCGGCGGCGACACGGCGCCCGCGCGCGCUCCCCGCGGCGUGCCUGUCGUACGCCACCGAGGUGCACGGGCUGUGGGUUCUGAGAGGAUACGCGCCGGUGCUCGCCAUGCCCCGUGUCACCUGCGCGGCAUCGACGACGGCGCCCAUCACGGCGCUGCCGCACGAGGCGCCGGAGGAGCCGGCGCUGAGGUACGGCCUGGUGCACCAGCAGCUGGAGGUCGUGGCGCAGCUGGAGUACGCCGUGCGCGCUCGCCGCGGCGAGAGGUUCAUGACCGUCGCCGUGCGCGUCGACAACGUCCGGGUACGCGUCGCGCGGCUCGGGUUCCGGAGGGACGACGCGGACGCUGACGCCGACGGUGGCGACGCUCACGACGACGCCAUGGACGGCGAGCGCCAUUUCCCGUCCCGUCUCCGCCUCUGGGUCGGCCCUAGGUUCGGCGCGUCGUACGCGACCGGCCCGAGCCUCGGCCGGUCGACGGGGAACCCGGAGCAGGACGUCGAGACGACGCGCACCGUCAAGGGCGCCUUCGCCGCCGCCGGCGCCACGAAGCUAGCCAACGGCGGCGUCCCUCCGAGGAUCAAGGCCAAGACGCGGUCGUCGGCCCGGGCACGCAACCGGAGCUGGCGGUGGGAGCAGGAGGCGGAGGGCAGCGCCGGCGUGUUCGAGGGCGUGCUGUGCGACCCGGCCACCGGCACGGAGAUCUCGGCGUGGCGCGGCGACAACAACAACAACAAUGGCGGCGCCGGUGACCCGCGCAACGGGAUGCGGCGGCGGUACGGCGGGCCGGGCAGGGCGUUCAGCAAGAUGCGGGGGCUGGUGGUGGCCGGCGACGAGCUGCCCGAGGAGGUGACGUGGAGGGUGGGGAGGGAGGCGGAGGGGAGAACGCUGCCGUGGCGCGUGGGGCUCAAGGCCUGGUUGACCUACCUUCCCAACCAGGUGAGGAGCCACCAUUUCGAGACGAGGUGCGUCGAGUGGGCACACGAGGUCGACCUCCCGCUUGCCGCCGUUAAUGGCGACGAGAGGUAAAAAAAAAAAAAGAAAAUCUCUCUUUAUAUCACCUAUGAACACAUACUAGCCAAAAGAAAUGAAAUGAUCUUAUGCACGUAUUGUGUAUAUGAAAUGAACAGCUAAAAUAAGAGGUUAAGAAUCUAAAUUCA